UUUAUAAAUUCAUUUUUUUGCCAAGGUACCUACGGCACAUUAAAACUGAUAUAAGUAAAAAGCGUUAUAAAGAUAAAUAGGAUAAUAUUUAGUUGUUUUGAAUAACUGAAAUACAAAAUCCGCUCGCAAUCUUGUUCGGACAGUGCAUUGAAGUGCUAACUGUGCAAAAUAUUACAAUCAAUCAAAUUUAUAAUGUAUCAUUGUGGGAUGAGGCAGAUGGAAGAGAGGCAUGUGGCAAAUCAAAUAGAUUUAAUGGUAUGGAGCAAUAGGCUUGACCUUCUUGCAUUAAGUAAUUUUAAAGGUGAGGUUCAAAUUCACAGACUUCAUUGGCAAAAAGUCUGGAACUUAUCACCUCCAAGAGAAAAUAUAACAGUUUCUUGUAUGGCAUGGAGACCUGAUGGAAAGGCUUUGGCUAUUGGCUAUAGUUCUGGUGGUGUUUAUAUAAUUGAUAUUGAAGACAAGGAAGUGUUAGAUAAAUAUGAAUUAGAACAAGAUACAUCAGAAGAGUUUAAUGAUUCUAAGAAUUUUGGUAUAUCGUGCAUUACAUGGACUGCAAGAGCUGGUACUUUGGAAAGUGCUACAGAGUAUAACAUGUAUGAUGAUGCCUCAAUCUUUUUACAAAAGCCUCCUACUAAUAGUUCCAAUUAUAAAAACCAAACUACUGAAGAUAAUGUGAAAACCAGUAAAGAAAUUCAAGAGCCCACACAGUUAAACAUGUUAUUAAUUGGCUAUGGAUCUGGUUCAAUUUACAUGAGUAUUUUUGGCCGCUAUCAUUAUUGUACCAUCAGUCUUGCGCAAGUGACCAAAGAUGAAUGUGGAGAAUAUAAAAUACUUGAUAUAAACUUAUCAGAUGAUUUCAGUGUAAUGCAAGUUGUUUACUUAGACAGAGUCACAAAUAAUUUAUUGUCAUCAUUAAUUAAUACAAGUGUAUUGUCAGCUUAUGCUGAAGAAAUAUUUGUUGUGGCUAAUAGACAUGGUCACAUAAUACAAUUGCUAUCAUACUUGGAUCAAACCAUGACAUCUAUUACUGAGGCUUGGGAACAUAUACUAUUAGAAAUGGAUACAAAGAUGGCUUAUUAUGCUACAUUUGUUCCUGAAGGUGGAGUCUCUGCUGAUUUGUUGGAACUCUUAAUGUUAGGCGUUCCAUCAGAUGCCCUGGAAAUAUUUUUAUUACAAGAAUUAACAGCCAAGGGUCUUAAAAAGUUUGGUAACUCAGUGGAGUUGAGUUAUUCAACAAUACAAAAACUAGUGUUAAAACAAUUAAAUAUUGUAGGACAGCACCUCACAUACUACCUUUCGGAAUUGAGAGGGCUCACCCGGAUACCUGACAGAUACAAGAUACUGGGUCUUGAAGAAAAUACUGUAACAGAAGCAAUAAGAGCAUGUUGCGCAUUUCUGAAUAAAAGUUUAGAGUUGCAGCAAGUUAUUGAUGUAUCCAUGAGUAACUAUAAAGCGUUCUUUAGAUGGCUAUUUGUUGUUAUAGUUCGAUUAUUAGAUGAGCAAACACCUAGUGAGAUUGUUAAAAUAAAUCAACAAGAACUAGGACACAUUGCAGAGUUCCUAUACAACUUUGAUAAUGUUCAAGGUGAAAAUAAUACUGGUACCCCAGAUAAGCCUGUUAAGUUUAAUCUGGAAAGAUUAGGACAAUAUUUACAAGACCAAGAACUAACAAAGAUACCGGAUGAUGAUGAUGGCCCCUGGCAAAAAUUUCUCAAAGACAACUCCUGUCUUCUAAAAGAUAACGAUACUAUAUUUUCUAUGUCAGAGUUUAAAAAGUUUUCAUUAAUACAGCAACAAAAUUUUUUGAAAAAUGCUGUCCGAACUGUUUUUGAUGUUACUCGAAAAGAUUUUGGGAGACAUUUUUCAGUCCUUUAUAGUAUGAAAUGUCAUGAAAACCAAACAAGUGUUGAACUAGACAAGACUUUGAGGUUAUCUCAGAUAUUUGAUGCAAAUGAACAACGAUUCAUGAUGGCAUUUGUGGAUCCUACAAAUAAAAAUGAUAUAUGUUUUGUAUCAACCAAUAUUAAAGAAAAGAGUUGCAGUGCUACUGCUGUUAAAUACUACUUCUCAGAUAGCUUACUUAAAGAUAGUAAUAAAGGACAAAACUUAGAUUACCAACAAAAUAUGAGAGUUUUAGAUGUACAAUUUUAUUCCUCAGAAUAUUUAUCAAUUUUGUUAGAACACACACAAAACAAUGAAAAUACCAUAUUUAUUCAAUUACCUUUAAAAAUAGCUUUAGAAAAUGCUCUAGAUUUUAACAUAAAAUCAAAAUCUUUUGUAUUUUCUGAAAAAAAUCUGGUUAAAAAUUUGUCUGGUUUAGUAGAUCAAGAUGUUUAUAAAAUAUUAGAUAAAAUGAAUGGUUACCGAAUUGCUGUUUCUGGUGGUCGUAAAGUAGCAGUAGUCUUAUCAAAAACCUAUAGAAAAGUAAGAGUUUUUGAAAUGGAAAUUGAUGGGGAAGAAGAUGAAGAAGAAACUCUAGAUACAACACAAAGGAGUAAUAAUAGUAACAGUGCUUCAGACCAGCAAAAUAUCACACAUGAGGACACCUUUUAAUUGUUUAAAUUUAAACAAAAAUGUAUUCCUGUUACAAAAUUUGUUUACUUAUGUACAGUACUACAAUAUAGAACUUACAUUUGACAUUUCUAAACAUGAUGUUUCUAAUACUAAACUUUGAUUUUAAUAAAAUCAUAUAAUAAUAUAAAUAUUGUUUUAUAACCUAAACUCUAAAUGAGACUUCUUUGUGGUGGAUAUUUUAUUUGGAUAUUUUCAAACACUGAAUUAAAAUCAGUGUCCAAUCCUUGAUUAUCUAUUCCAUAAAGGAGCUGGUCUGAGGAUUGAUUUCGGCUAGGACCUGGUACUGCCUGGUUAACUGUAGUAGUAGGGUUAUAAACUUCAUCAGCAUCAUCCUCUUCAACAUCAUCCACUGGUACAACAGCUCUUCCAUCAUAUUUAUUCCAUUCUUUUCUUAUUCUGAAGUAAAUUACUGCACAAGUUAUAAGUACAAUAAUGGACACCACAAUAGCCACUAAUUUUACUGCUUCUAUUGCUGAAAAUGCCCCUUUUACAAUCAUUUCUACAUUGCCAAUAUUAAUGCCAGAGUCACUUAUGCUUUUUGAUACACAGGAGUAAAAACCCGACUCUGAAGGAGAAACAUUCUGUAAUAUGACAAAAUAUCAAAAUUUUUGAUAAAGACAUGAUUGAUUUGUUGACAUAGUAUAAUUAUAUCAGCUUAUCUAUAUCAUGAAAUCCAACUUAAUGAGAAACAAUUAUUUUCUGAGAAAAUUUUAUUUAUUUAAGUAUACAUAGCAGAGAUUAU